AUGGUUACGAAGAUCCAGAACACCAUCGAUGAAGCUCCACCAGAGUUUCCUGCCUUGAACUGGCCUGCCUUCAAAGCGACCAUCACCCGCGCCCUCGGCGUCCUCGACCAAGCAGUGCAAGUUCCCGAAGCGCUACAGGGCUGCCUCAGCCAGCUGGACCCCAACAUUGACAAUCUAGAAUCGGUACUUGAAAAGAUGCAAAGUCUAACAGAGCAGAUUGAGCUCCAACCAGUAUAUCUUGAACUCCAGAACAUCUUGGCAAAAUGUCCCGCUCCAGCCACCGCGCCCACGACUGCGUUUGAGACGCCACCCACCGACUUUGCAGCAGCUCUGGGCAAACUCGUCAUGCUGCACAAUGUGGAACCCGAGCGCCAAGAACGGCUUACCAGCACUGAUACCAAUAUCAAGCGGCGGGUGCUGGCAUUGAUUGAUGCUCUGGACGCCGUGGCAAGGGCGGGUACCACCGACACUGACACAAUGCAUCGCGUGGACACGUUACGGCAACGCGCACAAUGCUCGGAUGUGAGCGCACCACUUUCGGCCAAGUCGUUACCCGAGGCGUGGGAGCGGCUGUGCCAGGCUCACGAACACCUCAGCUCGCCCAAACAGAAUGGGCUGGAGCAGCUCGCAGACUGGAGAGCAGAACACGAUUAUGAGCAUCAGGACUGGUACCUGACGUUUGUGCUGCACGGGUCGCAAGCCCUGUUGCAGCAGCUGCACGAUAUGAUCGACUGGCAGGCCAAGACGCUGUCCGUGGUGACUGCAUGCAAAGAAUAUGCAAGCAGCAUCACGCAGAGCAGCGCAGAUCAAGUUGUAUCCAUUCAUGAGGAGGUGGCCGAGCUGCAAAAGAAAAUUCAGGCAACCACAGCAUUCUUGGCUUUUGUGUCAGACGACAUGCGAGCUGGUAUACAAGCCAACCUGGAUGAAGAGAAGGAACGACUUUCGACGUUGCAGCAGCAGCUAUCGAAGGAGCACAGUGCAUUGGGUGUACAACUCCGCAAAGUACUUGGCCCCGACCUUCCAGCCAGUCUGAUCUUGGAGGCCAUGGCCGAAGUGGACCAAGUGUUGACGCUCUCCUGCCUGGGUCAGCUUGAGCUCCACUACAACCAAAACCACAAGGUGUACAAAGCUCGUGCAGCGCUGCCAAAUCGGCCUGAGCAAGAACAGGAUUUGGCUGUCAAGGAGUAUGCAUUUGCCCAGCAACACAAGCAAAAUCAGUGUCGUACGUUUCUCCGCGAACUGCGCGCCAUGCGCCAGCUUGAGCAUCCAAACAUCGUUCCAGUCCUCGGUGCGCUUGUGGGCGUGCAUGAUGGCCACCCAAGCGCCUAUCUGGUGCAGCCGUGGUGUACACAGGGGGAUCUGCAGCAGUGGCUCGGCAAGGCGCGGCAUCUGGCCACCUCGACCGUCGUUGCGAGUUUGAUGACGCAGCUGCGCAUGGCCCUGGCGUUUAUGCAUAGCAAGGGCCUGGUGCAUCGGGAUGUCAAGCUGAGCAAUGUGAUGCUGGACGGUGACGAGGACCAACCUGUUGUGCGGCUCGGCGAUUUCGACAUUACCAAGGCGGCUGCCGAAGCCACUAUGCUACCAUGCACAGCCACUGCAUCGUCGGGCACGGCAGGCUAUGUAGCACCGGAGGUGCUUUUCGGCCAGGGUCGAGUGGGGGCGCGUUCGGCACAGGAUGCCUUUUCCUUUGGCUGUGUGCUAUACAACACCUACAUGUUUCCACAGACGGUGCCACCUGCUCGUUUACCCACGGACCAGCUUGCCGAUCAAUGCAGAUGGGAUGCAGGGGCAGGAGGUGCAGAAUGCAGUUUUCCGCACUUGGCGGCUGAGAUGUGCAAUUCGACGAGCGAGUUGUACAAGGAAACACGGGCCUUGCUUGCAACAGAUCCAAAGCAGCGGCCAAGUCUCUUCAGCGCCGGACAAAGAGUGCAGCGACCUGUCACGACUCAAGCUGUUGGGCCAGCUAUCGACGUUUUGCUCGACGCACCUGAGCUCAUCCCAGAGCCGAUUGAUUUGACCCCAUUAUGUACCAAGGUGGUUGAGCUGCUACAGCAGCUGAGUGCUGACGGGCGAGGGCCAAGCAACAUUGCAGUGCGGCGGGUGGAGCGUGUGCAGAACCCCGUGCUGUGGGAACGGUACAGCGCCAAGCGAUGGGAGAUGCUGCACCGCAUUACAAGUCAGGAGCACUAUGAUCAACUUCAUACGGCCACAGUAGAUGCGCUCUCGGGCUGUCCAGCUUUGCUUCGAAAUACACCCUGUCAAGAGCGCUUGUUGCUUCACGGCAUCGCCCCUGACACAAUGUUGCGCGACAAGAUUGUGCGCCUGGGCUUUGACUAUCGUUUCGCUGGUCGCAGCUCAGGCCACAAGUAUGGACUUGGUGUUUACUUGGCCGAUCAUCCCGGCAAGAGUCACCAAUAUGCGACGCCCGGAGCAAACGGCGAGCGUAUGCUCAUUAUUACGCGGGCCCUGUUGGGCCGUGCCUAUGUCCAUCCUUCGCCUCCUUUCGGGGCGCUGGCUCCCCCGCUGCUGCCCGAUGCACCCAACAACGAGCGAUUUGAUUCUGUCAUUGCUACACCGCAAGUUACGUUUCGCGAGGUGAUAAUGUUCGACAACGCCCAGAUUUACCCCGAACUAGUCGUCUACUACACUGCCUAG